AUGGCCCUCCGCUCGGACGUGGUCCCCAAGACCGCUGAGAACUUCCGCUGCCUCUGCACCGGCGAGAAGGGCACCGGCAAGUCGGGCAAGCCGCUCCACUUCAAGGGCUCCAAGUUCCACCGCGUGAUCAACAACUUCAUGCUCCAGGGUGGUGACUUUACCCGCGGCAACGGCACUGGCGGUGAGUCCAUCUACGGCUCCAAGUUCAAGGACGAGAACUUCACCCUCAAGCACACCGGCCCGGGUGUCCUCUCGAUGGCCAACGCUGGCCCGAACACCAACGGCUCGCAGUUCUUCAUCUGCACCGUCAAGACCGAGUGGCUCGACGGCAAGCACGUCGUCUUCGGCUCUGUCGUCGAGGGCAUGGACGUCGUUAAGGCCAUCGAGGCUCUUGGCUCGUCGACUGGCGCCACGUCGAAGAACGUCAUCAUCGCCGACUGCGGCGAGCUCUAA